UGCCAGUUCCGGCUGCAAUUGCUCGUGGCAUUUCCAGUGACAAGUGAAGUUCAUGUGGUCAAGCAGGGGACCUUUACAGUGUUUUCAUUGUGGUUCAAUGUCCAGAAGAAAAUGUGCACAGGAAAAGAAGGAAAAUCAGUGAUUGGUAGAAUCAGGGCCGGACGUUGCAAAACAUCGACUAAUGAACCGGCUGACUCGCGCUGUUACAUCCGGUCGUGUCCUGCGCCUCCGCAUUCCAUUAUUGAUCUCUGCAUCGCGUUGAGGCCCCUUGAUUUUAGUCGUCGCCCCGUGCACGGCCGUUGAAGAUCUCCGUCGACAUGAAAGAAAGGAUAUUUAUUCCUUUCUGCCUGCUAGCACUUUACACAGCCACGCAGACGGCGACUACGUCAGAUGCGCAGUCAGCCGGCACCACCACCACGCAGCCGGACGAACGGGAACAAAGAUACGAAACGGUUAAUUUGAGUGAAGGAGCCCUGUCAGCUGACUCUUCAACAACCAAGGGAUCAUUGAAUGGCACGACUGCGCCAGCGGGUAACAGCAUCAGCCUGUUCAGUCUGAGUAAAGACGGCGCUCCGUGCAUCCUGCUCCAGGUCGACGCCUUGAUCGAGUUCAGAUACAAGACCAAGUUUGGAAAAUACGGAAAUAGAUCCAUAUACUUGCCGUCGGAUGUCACGACCAGUGGAGACUGCAAGGAGGAAGAUACUGCAACGUUCGACCUGAAAUGGGAAUCUUUCGUCCUGACAUGGAGUUUUGCCAAGACUCUGGGCCGCGAGCGGUGGUACGUGAGCGGUGUUCAGCUGAGGUUCGACGCAUCUGAGAAGCUGUUCGAGAACAACAUCGCAGGUCCUCGCGUGCUGACGUCACCCGAGAGCCACCCCAUGUUUUUCCCCACUCCGGUGGGCAAGUCGUACUCUUGCCAGUCAGAAACCUCGCUGCAGCUCCUCAAUGGGGACACGAGCGCCACCUUGUUCCUCCGAGGACUGAAACUUCAGCCCUUUAUCAGCAAGAAGGACUUCGGUCCAGUGUACGAGUGCUCCCCGGGAGGAAGCCUGGCUUUCCGCGACGAGACCGCGCCCAUCGCCGUGGGCAGCACCCUGGCCGUGGUGGUGCUGCUUACCGUGACCGGAUACGGCGUCUACCGUUACGUGAAGAUCAAGAAGGUGCAGUACGACACGAUGGAGUAAGGCGAGAAAAUGGUCCAUUUGAACGACGGGAUCUUUGAGGCACGAAGUGACCAGCUGACGCGUGCGACUUAUACGAAACGCGAACUUGCGAAUUUAUUGAGCAGUCACGUUCUGUUAGUGAAUAGUGGGUUUUCCUUUUACCUUGAGACAUCCACUCGGUUGCAGAAGCGCUUGAUGGACGGCGCAUCCCGUCGUCUCCUGCUGUUGCGAGACGAUGGAUUCUUCCUUGGUUUUACCAAAGAACAGCGGACUGACGAGGAGACUCGCGGUCUCACAAUAGAAGGGACACUGACGUUCAAAGUCUAGAGUAUAUAGAAUUGCAAAAGCACUUUCUUCCGUAGAGAAAUUUAUUAACCAAGUGGACACUGAAAGUGGCUAGUUCUGUCACCCACCACCCAAAGCGCUGUAUAACCUGUGUAGACGGCGAAGAAUUGUGAAAUAAAUCAAUAAAGAAAUGUU